UCCAUCCAAGUUUUGUGUGUGAUCCCGGUUUCGGUCCGGGAGUGUCAGUGUUGGCAGCCGGUUGGUGUGAGUGUGAGUGCAGCAGGGCAGUGGUAUGGGAUGGAUGACAUAAUGAAGAACCCAUCGGACGCAGUCAGCUUAAUCAAAGUGAAGGAGGAAACCAAAUGUGUUCUUGAGGCCUUUUUAAAACGAUCCCUGAGUCAAGAUGAAGGAACCCACAUUGGCCAUGUGGGUCGGAUGUUCCAUGACCCACACAAGUACAGUCACAGGCCUCAACCUGAUGAUAAAGAUGGAUCCCCCAAAAAACACAAGAAAUCGGAGAAAAAAAAGUCAAAAGAGUCAAUCAGAGAAAAAGAUGAGGCACAUCCAAGCCCAAAAUCAGGUAGGGUGUCAAAUUUGGAACAGAACGGUACGUGGAAUUCUCUUCAUGAAGAGAUAAAUAAAGUAGAGGAAAAGAAACAUGGCUUCCAAACUAAAAUUAAGAAGCUUUUACGGAACAAAAGUGUAACAAAGGAGAAACAUCCCGUGAGAGGUAAAAGUGAGAGUAUUGAGAGCAAAUCAUGGAAUUCUCUUGACAACGUGCUUGUUGAACCAAAGAAAGAAAAUGAUUCUCGGAAACCUACUGAAAGAAAAGACAAACAUUCUGUGAAAGGUAAAAGCUCUAGCCUUAAGAGCAAAUCACGGGAUUCUCUUGACAAUGUGCUUGAUGAACCAAAGAAAGAUGGUCACAAGAAGAAUUCUCAAAAACAUCCGAAAUCACCAAAUCCUUUACUCGCCUGCACGUUGGCUAGUUCUGUGGAUAAUUUUAAUGAGACUGAGAUGGAGGAAACUGUGGACAAACCUCCCAAAUUGGGUUUUUCCUUUAAAAAUAUUCUGAAGAAAAAAUCCAAGGCUCCGAAGCGCAGUAUAGAUUUACAUCCUUCCAGACCCGACUUUUUGCCUGUGACUCCUUGUUAUACAACAGAUCCCCCAGCACAUACAGAGAAAGCUGAUGAAACUGAGAUUUACACCUUGGCUGCCAAAAAGCUGGACAACCUAGUGCGACAUCAAAAACUGAAAAGCCCUGUUGCAAAUGCCCAAUCCUUUGGUUUCCCCACUGAAGACCAUUUGAAGACUCCCAUAUCCAACAACAAUAACGUGGCACGCCGGGAGAGUGAAGAUAAGGAGGAGACAUUCCGCAAACUAGUAUCUCUGUUGCAAGAGCAAGCAGUCGUGAUUAAUGAUAAGAUCAACAAGGAUCCCUUCCUGAAGAAUGCCCUUGGUCGGAUGUCCUUUGGCAGUUUUUCUAGGCUGGCAGAGAUGUUUACAAGCCAGGCGGAGGUGGCAACUGACGUAGCGGGUGCCAAUGUUAGUCCAGAACUGACCAAGAUAGCCCUGACUAUGGAACUGACCAGGAAGGUGGCCGGGAUCAACAGUCACGCAGUGCAUACUCUAAUGGGCUACAGCAUGGAGUAUAUGGAUAUGUUUGUUCCGUGGCUCCAGCAGCAAGGAGGCUGGGAGAAUAUCGUUGGAGAUUUGACAGAUUUCCAAAUAGACUAAGGAACAAAAAAUCUGAUCUACCUCGGAACCUGCUGUCAUAAAAUCAGCGGGAGCACAAAGCAUGAUGCAUCCUGAACAAUUGCUGCAAUACACACUACAUCAGGCACGUCAUGACUGCCGUUCCUGUGAGGAUGGGUGAACGGACGUUGACUAAUAAGAGCCAGUAAUAACUAAGGUUGCGUGACCUCCCAUCGACCACUGUAAAAAUGUGUAGACCGAAUGAUCUACUCUGCAUAUCACCUCAGGAAUGACAAACUCACUGACUUUUUUAUGUGUACAUAUGGUUUUGUUGAAAUUGAAUUCUAUUUGCACAUAUCUCAUUUUAUACCUACUACUGUCAGGCUCGGUUUUGUUGUCUCAGAAACAAAUGUAAGGAAUGUGAAAAGAUGUACCGGUAUGUGCCUUUUAUAUCUAAUGGUUUGUGGACGAGCCUAUUUCCUGUAAAAUCCAAAAUACUUUUUUUAAAUGAGACCUCCAGUUCACCAAUUUUUUCUGCAAGCCAAAGUUCUAAUUUUAUAGAUACAAUUGAUGAGUACCAUUUUCCUGGUACCUACUUCUAAAGUAUAUACAGAUACCUGCCAGGUAUCCACAGUUGCUGGGAACAGUCCCUCUUCUGUGCUCCUGCGGGCCCAAUAUUUUUAAUGGAUUUCUAACUUCUGUUCAGUGGUUUGGUGCUGUUUUUUUCUGCUUAAGUAUGAUUGUUUUGUUUUGGUUUUUAAUGAAAACUAAAACUGUGUAGAAUUGAAAAGGGAAUUUUAAACUUUUAUUCCAGAACAGGGGGACUCAGGUAAGAGGCAAACUGUUUUUACGAUGGAAUGAAGUCAAGAUACUUUUGGCAUCGUGACCAUUAUAGCUGGCUGUAGUGGUUUGAUGCUUGGAGUAAUCUUUACACUGGAAUGGAGAAUGUGUUCAAUAUGGCUAGUCAGGC